UUUCAGAAUGAUAUUCUUCUACACUAUUCUAUGCUUAUUACCAUCUCUUUCUGCAUCUGCCAUUGACGAGGAUCUAAUAAUCGAACGGAGACCUCAUCAUGUUGAUUGGGAAGAUUUAUUCAUGGAAUACAACAAAUACAGUGCGCCGGACAGAUCCAGACAAGAAGUGAAUCUCACUUUGGAAAUUAUUGAUAUCAGUUUCCAUCGUGUCCUAUUUGAGUUAGUUCAAACCUGGAGAGAUGAACGAUUACGCUUUGUUGGAUCUGUUCGAGUUCCGGUUCCAUCUCACAUUCAACCUUGGUAUCCGGACACAUAUAUUCGAAACGGAUGGGAUGUGAUUGUGGAGCAAAAAAGCUUGGAAUUGAACUACGAUGGCACGUUUUCAUUGCGUCAGAAAUAUCAAGCAACAUUGGAUCUUGAUGAAAAAAACAAAUUGUUCCAGGAUCUUACUUUGGUGAUCUCUUCGUUCAACAACUACGGAACUGAACGGAUCAAUUACAAUCUCAUCAGCUCUAAAUCAGAAGUGAAAAACUACGAACACAUUUCUCUUCACAAAGUCAGCCGAAAAUCUGAUAAUAUUUAUUUUGAUGAUCUUCAUAUUGGAAUUCAUUACUCUCCAGUUAUAUCCCAACCAACCACAACUCAAAAAUACGAAUCAUCAACUCUUGCUCAAAGUAACAACUCGACCAAAUAGAUAUACAUCAGCAAUCUCCAUACUUUAGAAUAUUCCACGUGUAUUAUUGAUUUCUCUUGCUUUUCAUUGGCCAUUUUCUUCUCUCUCUCUCUUUUUAUUUCAUAUCAAUAAUUUAUUGCAUUCAUUCUUUAUCAAUAAUAAUUUCUAAUAAUUUAUAA